UGGAGGUCCGCGGGAAAACAGCUUUCAACAGCUUUCCUCCUCUCCAGUGGGAAGCGAUUAAUCCGUAGGUGCCUUUUUUCUCACAUUUCAAGGGUGAGCGCUGCCCUCUGGCCGUGAGCUCCUCUGCCCCGUCCCCUUGGCAGCGGCGGCAGCAGGCAUUCCUUCUCCCCGGAGCUGUGUGCUGCGCGCCAGGUCCCCGCUCCUGGUGGACUGGGGACUCAGUGCCCACUGCGCUCUGCUUGGCAGUGCUGUCUGGAUUUCUCCAGGAAUCCCGGGAGGGUCUCACUGGACGGUUUAGAGCUACUUGAUUUAAGGAGCCUGCGGUCAGGGUGAAGAAAGCUGCUGCAGCAUGAACUCCCUGAGCUGAUGAGUCUUAUUAUAGACCAGCGGGCGGAAGACAGAGCGCCGCACCUCACCUCUCAGGCGAAGGUGGAGGGGAAGCGGGAGGCCAGCCGGUGGCAGGAGCAGGGCCUGGGCCUCACGCCUGACACAACAGCAGACUCUGCCCCCUCGGGGGCCAUGGACUGACAGGCAGCACACACCGAGGGGCUCCUCUCUCCCCAGAGGUGCAGGGCCGUAAGAGCUGUGGCAUUCACCAUGCUGGCCUGGGGCAGUGGCCCCGAGCAGAGGACCAGGCUUGCCCUGCAGUGGAGGCAGAUCUCCUGGAUCACCUGCUGGAUCACGCUGUAUGCUGUGGAGGCCCUCCCCGCCUGCCCCUUCUCCUGUAAGUGUGACAGCCGCAGCCUGGAGGUGGAUUGUAGUGGCCUAGGCCUCACCAUGGUGCCCCCUGACUUGCCCGCUGCCACCCGAACCCUCUUACUCUUGAACAAUAAGCUGAGUGCCCUGCCAAGCUGGGCAUUCGCCAAUCUGUCCAGCCUGCAGCGGCUGGACCUAUCCAACAACUUCCUGGACCAGCUGCCCCGGUCCAUUUUCGGGGACCUGACGAAUCUUACGGAGCUGCAGCUGCGCAAUAACAGCAUCAGGACCCUGGACAGGGACCUGCUGCAGCACUCGCCCCUGCUCCGCCACCUGGACCUGUCCAUCAACGGGCUGGCCCAGCUGCCCCCUGGCCUUUUUGAUGGACUCCCAGCGCUGCGCUCCCUGUCACUUCGCUCCAACCGUCUGCAGAACCUGGACCGGCUGACGUUCGAACCCCUCGCAAGCCUGCAGCUGCUGCAGGUUGGGGACAACCCCUGGGAGUGUGACUGUAACCUGCGUGAUUUCAAGCACUGGAUGGAGUGGUUUUCCUACCGAGGCGGGCGCCUGGACCAGCUGGCCUGCACCCUACCCAAGGAGCUGAGGGGGAAGGACAUGCGUGUGGUCCCCAUGGAGAUGUUCAACUACUGCUCCCAGUUGGAGGACGAGAAUAGCUCAGCUGGGCUGGAUAUUCCUGGGCCACCCUGCACAAAGGCCAGCCCUGAACCCGCUAAGCCCAAGCCAGGGGCCGAGCCCGAGCCAGAGCCCAGCACAGCCUGCCCCCAGAAGCAGAGGUAUCGGCCGGUGAGCGUGAGGCGGGCCAUCGGCACAGUGAUCAUCGCGGGGGUUGUCUGUGGCAUUGUCUGCAUCAUGAUGGUGGUGGCAGCUGCCUACGGCUGCAUCUAUGCCUCCCUCAUGGCCAAGUACCACCGGGAGCUCAAGAAGCGGCAGCCCCUCAUGGGGGACCCGGAGGGUGAGCACGAAGACCAGAAGCAGAUCUCUUCUGUGGCCUGAGAGCCCAGCCCCACUUGGCCUAGGGACACCGGCCCAGAGGCCUUGAAGCUGCAGCAUGUGUGGAUGGCAGCCUCCUGAGAGCCCAGGCACAUACCACUGGGCAUUUCUUCAGCGCCGUCUAAGGACAUCAUCACUGCCAGGCCCCGUGGGGACCCCCACCAAUUCCACUCCUAUAGCCUGCAGCCCAAGAACCAUUGCUCUGUACCCCUCACCCGUCCAUCUUCCGCAGCUCCAGGCCUGGGACCUCGGGGUGGGGACUGGGUCACGAUUGGCGGCAUCUUGGGAACACAGACGGCCCUCGCAGAAGCUCACUGCCUGAGCAGACCCCAAGCAGGCCCCUGGGGCAGGGAGAGGGCUGCACGGUCUGCCCAGAGGCUUCAGGGCUGGGCUUCCUUCCCAGGGUUUUGUGUGCUCGGUCUGGCUUCCUGGAGUGUUUAAUUGCACCUGGACUGGGCUCCAAACCAGAGCGUGGGCCAGGGGUCCUGUUUGUUACCUGCAGCCUACAUCGAAGGGGCGGCAGGUGAGGAGACAGCUGUGCGGGGGUUUGGGGGUCACGAGUCCCCUUUUGUAGGUCGGCCCCCUCCCCGUGAGUCUGAUCUCAGAUGAGUACUAGGUCUCCCUCUGCUGGACACCCGUUUUCCCAUGGCUUACGGAGAGUCAGCAGGUAUCAGUCUGGUUUCUGGCUCUAAGACGGGGUCUUGCUGGUGGCCUUGGGAAGAGGUUUCCAGAACACGGAGGCCAAGGCUCUGAGGAGGGACAGGGCAGGACAGGGCAGGCCCAUCUUGCCUUGCACCCCUCGAUCCUUCCACCUCGUAGAGGACUGUGGUAGGUAAGGGGGGGCUGGGGGGCAGGGAAUGCCUUUGAACAGCGAGGGCCUCAGGGCAGGCUGCUUGGUGGACUGCGGAACAUGCCUCCCCGGGGAUGGGGCAUAGUCUUCCUUCUUUUGGCUUUCCAGCUGAUACCAGAUCUAGGAAUUUGCUAAAGGAAAAGGAGGGGAGGGGUGGGUAUUGUCAGUGGUGGUAUCUUCAGCCUGAGACAGAAGAUUUUUAAAGGCAAAAUUAUAUUUCUGGUUUGUUGUUUCAGAAGAACAAUAAAGACUGUAUUUUCCUA